AUGGCACGAGCAGCUCCAAUGCUGGUGUCUAAACUUCAGAGGUCGAGUCACGGUGGCGUAGGUGAAGCUACUGCAGAGGCAGGGAAGAAAAGAGGAACAAGAGAGAGUGAUAUUACAAUUUGGGAAGAUAAAUCACAAAAAGGAGAUCGGAUGAGGAGAAAUGGAGAGGAGGAAGAGGUGGCCGAGAAGAGGAGGCAGAGGAGGAGGAGGAGGAGAGAGGGGGUGCAGGUGGCUCUGAGGGCAGGCUGCUUGGCUGCUUCAAUCACGGCCAUGGCGGUGAUGUUGACGGCAAGCGAGGAGGGAGUGGCAGACGUCUAUGGCUUCAAGCUCACUCUCUCCUCCAACUGGUCUUUCUCUCCAUCUUACAAGUAUGUGGUGGGGGCAUGCACAGCGACCAUCCUCUACUCCCUGUUGCAGCUCUGUCUCGGUGUUUACAGGCUCCUCACCGGAUCUCCCAUCACACCAUCCCGCUUCCAAGCUUGGCUUUGCUUCAUCUCCGAUCAGGUUUUUGGUUAUGUGAUGAUAAGUGCUGGAUCAGCCGGUUCAGGAGUCACCAACCUGAACAAGACCGGCAUCAGACACACUCCUCUCCCUGACUUCUGCAAGACCCUUUCUUCUUUCUGCAAUCACGUCGCCCUCUCUCUCCUCUUAGUCUUCCUCUCUUUCAUCUUCCUCGCCUCCUCUUCCCUCUUUCAUGUUCUUCUGCUCUCCACUCUCUAG